AAAGAAGAUACAAAGACAUGUUAAAAGAAAGAUGUUUUCCAGAUGAAAGAAAAAAUUCUAAAAAGCACAUUCUGGGCUUAAACAAACUCAAGAAAAGAGAGACAAAUGAAGCAGUUAGAGAUCACACACAGAAGCCUAGAAUUGAAUCCCAGUUAGAAGUUAAAGAGAAAAGAAGAGCAAACAAAAAGAACUAA